GAGAGUUCGCAGUCAAACUUUGUGAGGCAAGUUCCCGGGUUUCUGUGUCCCACCGUGGACUCCCACCGUGAACAUGCGGACGGCUCGCAGCCUGGAAGUGGAGAACCGGAGCCGCUUUCUGCGCCUUUUCAGCGGACUUUUGCUGGGACUUGUGAAUUAAACGCACCUGGGGAUCCGUGACGACACCCGUCAAGGCAUGUAGUCCGCGCUCGCGUGUUCUGCGACCAUGAAUUCCGCGUGUGACAAGGACCUUCUGUCGCGGAAGCACCGACUCAUGGCAGCGGCUGUGGCCGGCGAGCAGAGCCCCCUGCCCGGCCAAACUUCCCGGAGCGACCGCAACGGACUGGCGGGGCUGGUUCACUGUUUCAUCUGCGGGAGCGGGGUGACAGCGGGGAAGGAGCUGCGAUUACAGGUCACUUAUCAGAGAGAGAGGUUCCCCUUCUUCCCGUUUUUACAGAACCAAGAGGCAGCGCCGGGGGCGAGCGAGGUGAGCGCCGACGGCCACGCGCUGGUGUGCGCCGUGUGCCACUGCUUCCUCACCGAGCAGUGGAACUGCUUCGAGAGGAGCAGGACGCCCGUGGAGAAGCGCAUGUACUGGCUCAAACGGCCGCACCAGUGCGACUCCCGCCGGGUCCCGCAGGAGUGGAACAUCUCCUAUGACCUGGAGAGAAGGAUCCGAAUCGACGGAGGCGCCGAGUCGGAUUCCUCCUCCUACUCGGACAACAUGUCAGAGCCCGAGAUGGAUGUGGUGGGGAAGUGUGUGAAAGCGCCUGGGAAGAGAGACAGUAGCCGGAAAAACAAUGUCAUCAGUGUUAAAAACAGCCCAGACUCCCAGGGGGCCAUCCGCUACCCGGGGGGCGUCUAUGGAACUCAGGGGUCGCCGAAGGCGGACAAACGUGGUGCUAAACUGAUGAAUAACGUCUGUCAAACAUCGGAACCUCUGGCGAAGAACCAGGAGCGAGUCCUCCAGGGAUGUGAUGACAGUCCCCUCGCUGACGCACCUGCGCGGGACAAUGGAGUUACGGUGCGCAACAGGCGGUGGGCGGAGGAGGGUCCAGUCAGCUGUGGCUCCUCCAGGCAGGCGCCACCUUUCCACAGAGAGGGCGAGCGCCACCCCAACCCUGCGUUGUCAUCCUCAGCCAGCCGUCAGAGGGAAACCCACUCUGAUGAAGAGGAGGUGAACAGCACUGGUGUAGAUCCAUCAUCUGUCACUCAGCAGCGUCUCAACUCCAGCGCUGAGAGUUGCGUCUGCUUCAUCUGCGGAUCCAGCCUCAGACAUGACGGAGGCUAUAAAGUCAGUGUUCAGAAGCAAGAAAGAGCGCAGGGGGAGCCCUUCUUCCCCUUCCUGUGGCUUCACUCCCCUCCCCCCGGCGCCAUGCCCAUCAGCCCGGCAGGUACCACCCUGGUGUGUGGCAGCUGUCACACCUCUCUGCUGCAGCAGUGGCAGAGCUUCCAGCUCGCGGACGUGCCAGUUCUCCAGCGUCUGUAUGUGGUCCCCCUGAACCAGUCUCCUGCGGCGUUACGUCCGUCACAGGAGGGGAAACCUCCGGAGCAGAUGCAGCGCGUGCCUGUCAAUGACCACGAAGCCUGUUUCCUCUGUGGCCAGGACUGUGCUGGAGACGUCAAGGUGGCAUAUGCCGAGGCUGGGGUCGGCAAGUCGCGCGGUGCCAUGUACUUUCCCUUCAUCAACAUGCUACCUUGCCCACCUCAGGCCCAGGGCUUGAAGAACGGACGCGUACACUGCUGCAGCAAGUGCCAUUCGAUCCUUGAGGAGAUCUGGAGUGCGUAUCGCCUCUGCCUCAGCGAAGAUCUGAUCACUUCUAUUAGCUCCUUUCUGAUCAGGUACCACGCCGUGACCGCCCUGGAGGGGUCCCGGCAAGGCCACUCCCAGGCAGGUGUCUCCUCGCGGCCUGGUGGGUCCACGUCCGUGUGCUACUUGUGUGGAGCUGACCUUAGUGCUGGAGGAGAGUGUCAGCUUCAUGUCAAUCCACCAGGCCGCUGCGGGGAGAGGGAGCCCUUCUUCCCCUUUCUGACAAUCCACCCACCUGCUCCCGGUGCUAAGCCAGUUGAUGCGACUGGCUUGGUGUCGGCCUGCACGCUCUGUUAUCACGACCUGCUCUCUCAGUGGGCGCAGCAUCAAAGCAGAGGCGUCAUCUCCUCAGCACCUUCUGCAGCGGGCUCGCUCAGCUCCAACCCCCAGCUGCCGAGUUCCCCAUGGGCCAGGCAGUACAACUGCGAGGGGUUUGCGUGCUUCUUCUGCAGGCAGGAGCAGCGCAGGCUGGGUCGGCUGUGCUCAGUCACUGUGGCCCGGUUACCCGUCUUCCUCUACGCCCCUCGCAGCUCGCGCACGCUCAUGGUGGAUGAUGGACGGAAGCUGGUCAUCGGUUCAUGUAUGGAAUGUAAAGCCAUGGUGCAGGUGGGACAGAACAUGCAGCAGGACAAUCCCACACGAUUUGUUUCAUCGGACCUGGAGAGAAAAGAACAUCACAAGGACUCAUCUCAGCAGAGAAAGGCUGCUGUGGUUGAAGGUUCGUCUCCCGUCAGCCAAGAAGUGAAAGGUGCUCCAGCCGCUUUGCAACCUGCAGCGGAACCAAUUCCAUCUCAGCCUUUGACCUCAGACGCAGAGAAAGGUGAUCACCCAUGUGCCAGCAUGAGCCAUGAGCCAAAGUCACCAUCCCUAGGAAUGAUCUCGACAGCGACACGGACCACGGCGACGGUCAGCCCUCUCACUCCAUCACCGCUCAACGGCUCAAUCGUAGCCAAUGGAAGUCCGGCAAACCAGUCGGCUCACUCUGGAUUCGCCGCUGCUCUACGUAAACUGGCAAAGCAGGCAGAAGAACCGCGAGCUGCGUCCUCCAUCAGCAGUGAAUCUUCUCCCGUGUCUUCGCCAGCCACCAACCACAGCUCUCCGGUCAGCACACCCAAGAGAGGUCCACUUGGUCCGGGGUCUGUCCUGGUUCCCCCGGUGGGCCACAGCGUGCCAAACACUCCACCGGUAGUCACCAUUGCUCCCACCAAGACCAGCAACGGCCUGUGGAGGACAGAGGGACGCCAGGCUGACUCAGGGCCUCGAGGGGCCAGCAGGGAACGUCUGGGUGGAGAGGGGACCCUCCCACAGGAGAAGGGUGGCCCCUCUGUCCCUGCUCAUCUCCUGGGAAACCCCUAUGCCUUCGGUCUCGCCCCCAGUGCUGUCAUGCAGGAUUCACGAUUCCAGCAUCUCAAUCUCUCCAGACAGUUGCCGGGCGCUGUCCCGCCGGGCCACGUGCCAGAAGAGUACCUCCGUGGGUUCAGGCCUUACGCCACGACCGAGGAUGCCCUGCGGAUGCCCUCCUUGCCGCUGGGCCUUGAUCCGGCCACAGCAGCUGCAGCAGCCGCGGCGUACUACCAUCCCAGCUAUCUGCCGCACCCGUCCUUCACGCCGUACAGGAUGGAUGAUCCGUUCUGCCUCUCUGCCAUGAGGUCACCUUUCUAUCCGCUGCCAGGAGGGGGAGCUUUACCUCCCAUUCACCCCUCUGCAGUCCACAUGCACCUACCAGGUGUCCGCUUUCCUGGCGACUUCACGCACCCGUCUUUGUCCGCUCUGCAGUCUGAAAGGCUCCAGCUGGAGGAUGAGCUGCGGCAGCGUGAGAGGGAGCGAGAGCGAGAACGGGAGCGGGAAAAGGAAAGGGAGCGCGAGGCUGAGAGAGAAAAAGAAAGGGAGCGUGAACGAGAGAGAGAAAGAGAGCGCGAGAGGGAGCUUGAGAGGGAGCGAGAGCGGGAAAGAGAACGGGAGAGAGAACGGGAGAAGGAGAGAGAAAGAGAGAAGGAGCUGGAGAGGCAGAAGGAGCGAGCUCAGAGGGAGAAAGAGUUGCAGGCAUCCAAGGCCAUGGAGAGCCUCUAUCUGGCUGAGCUCCAUGCCAUGAGGGGUCAGGAGGACCGGAACAAGCCUGAGAGACUCACACCAAACCGGGCUGAUAAGACCAAAGAGCCCGCCCUCCCUGCUCCCAAACCUGUCCCACCCGGACACCACUCCGCCAUUGUACAAUCGCACCACGCGAUCCCGGGUCUGAUCUCGGGCCACGGCCUUUACAUGGGACCCAGCACUGUUGGCGCCGGUCUCCCGUCGUCGCUGUUGGCUCAGAGGGCCAACGAGGAGGAGAGAUGGUUGGCACGGCAAAGGAAGCUGCGUCAAGAGAAAGAAGACCGUCAGUACCAGGUGUCGGAAUUCCGCCAGCAGGUUCUGGAGCAGCACCUGGAUUUAGGACGGAGCUCUGACGUGCCCGAUCACAGGACGGACUCCAACAGGCAAAACCAUCAUGAUCCAGGCAGUCGUGACGUCCAUCCUCACCUGGGGGCCCCGCCCCCACUCAUUUCCCCGAAACCUCAGCAGCCACAACGCGAUCACCACCACCCGCCUCCGCCCACCACCCUCUGGAACCCUGCGUCCCUCAUCGAAACCACCUCCGAGUCCAAGCGCAACCACGAGCCCUCAGGGAUGGGACACUACGAGCUGAGUCGGCUGGCCAUGGGCCCCUCCAAGUUCGAGGAUGGGCUCAGGAGGAGGGAGGGGGCCCUGUUGGAGAAGUUCCCCCAGCAGAGAGGACCUGCGGGCAUCUCCGAAUCCAGCACGUUCCUGGCUGACCUGGAGAAGUCCACUCACUCCUUCUUCAACCAGCACAGGUCGUCACUGUCUCUUAGCAGCCAGUACGAGCUGGACGGCGCCAUGAAGAGCAACUCGGGACUGAAGAGCCACAGCCGGCACGCACAAGGGGGCGGGGUCGUUCUGGGGUCGGGGAUGGGACAGGUGGCCUCACUGGGAACGGCUCCAGACACGACCUUGAUCUAUGACGAAGUCCUACAGCAGCACCGAAGGCCGGUCAGCAAGCUGGACCUGGAGGAGAAGAGGAAGCGGGAGGCCCGGGAGAAAGGUUACUACUACGAGCUGGACGACUCGUAUGAUGAAAGCGACGAGGAAGAAGUGCGGGCACAUCUCAGGAGAGUGGCAGAGCAGCCGCCCCUCAAGCUGGACGAGUCCACCGAGAAACUGGACUUCCUGGGUAUGUUUGGCUUGACCACUGUCAGUCGACGGGAUGAGCUGGUGCAGCAGAAGAGAAGGAAGCGGAGGAGGCUGCUGCGAGAGCGCAGCCCGUCGCCGUCUUCCUCCCAAUCCAAACGCACACCUCCCCCUCCUCAACUGAGCACCCGCUUUACUCCUGAAGAGAUGGACCGAGCGCCCGAGCUGGAGGACAAGAAGCGCUUCCUCACCACUUUCAGGCUGUCACACGUCAGUCUGCAGCAGCGGAGAGAUAAUGAGCGGGUGGUGGAGCUGCUGCAGGCCAUCAAAGAGAAGAGCGUAACCUUGGAUACCAUCAGACAUGCCCCUCAUCCGCUGUGUAAAACCCCUCCGGCGCAGAUCACUGAUUCAGCGUUAUCCCAGCCUCCCUCCGAAACCGAAGAUCACCCCGGUGUCAGACCACAGAGCCCCUCCUCACGCCGCUCGUCGUCCCCCAUUGGCCAUCACAAACCCCUCGGGGAGACAUUAAGACCAAAGGAACCCCCAUCACCAGCUGUCCACCCAGACAAGGCCCGGGGGCCCGGUGAGGGACACGUCUCCAAGAGGAGCUCCAGCCUGCUGAACAGCUUGCGGCCCCCGCUCCCUCUACCGGCUAAAGAGGGUCCUCACAGCGUGAACGGACGCACCAAAGCUUGGGACAGUUUCACCCCGGAGGAAUUCGCCCAGCAGUUCCACGAGUCUGUGCUGCAGUCCACCCAGAAGGCUCUGCAGAAACACAAAGGUGGAGCCUCGGGCAUGUCGGAGACUCCACAGGAGUCCUCUGUCCACUACAACAUUCCAGAGCUCCAGAGCGCCCCCGGGAGGCCGCCACACUCCCAGUCCCAGUUGAACACACACACUUUCCCUGCUCCACUCACACACACACAUCCUCAGCCCAACGGGCAGCACUUCCCUGUUCCGCCACACCGGGAAGCCUCAGGGACGAGGGACGACCUGUCGGGUCCAGAUGGGGACGAAGACGAAGAGGAGGAUGAGGAAGAGGAGACCCCCAGUUCCAAGUGGCAGGGGAUCGAAUCAAUAUUUGAAGCUUAUCAGGAAUUUGUGGAAGAGCAAAGUUUGGAGCGACAAGUGUUGCAGAGUCAAUGUCGAAGACUAGAAGCUCAAAACUACAACCUCAGUUUGACCGCGGAGCAGCUGUCACACAACAUGGGGGAGCUGAUGUCGCAGAGACAGAAACUGGCAGCGGAGAGAGAGAAGCUCCAGGCGGAGCUGGAGCACUUCAGGAAAUGCUUGACGCUGCCCCAGGCGCACUGGCCCAGAGGCACUGGCCACUACAAGGGCUACCCCCCCAGGUGACCGAGGACACCCGUCUGACCGCCCCGCCGCCACUCAUCCUUCCAGACUGAGCCGGGCUGCCAGCGCAGGACUAGUGAGUGAGACUGAAUGGUGAAGGACACUGUGGCAUCAAGGGGCCUCCGGCGUGAGCCAAGGCAGCCGGCGAGCGUGGAGCAGGAGAAGCUGAAGAAGAGCAACACGCCCCGCACAGACCCGCUUCAGUCUCUGCUGCUGCGCCGUCCCUCGCCGCCACAGACAAUCCUGCCAAUGAGGGACGGGCGCCGCCACCGUGACGCUCCAGACGCUCCGGGCCCGUCCCCAACUUUUGGACUGGAAAUGCACUUAAGAAGCUGAAGAACUACACAGUGGUACGAUGUUACAACAAAGAACUCUUUAAAUGAGGAGCAAAUGCACAGGAAUAAGGAAAUGUUUUAUUUCAAAAAUUUAAAAAAAAUGAAAGAAUUUAAAAAAGGUGCUUCUGCCUUGUAUUGUACAUAAUAUGAAGACUUAAAAAAGAAUUUUGUAUGUUUUUAUGACUUCAAUCAUUGUUCUUUAAGAAGAAAAAAAAAGCCUGCCAUUUUUAUAUGUUUUUGCUUUCGGGUUGGAAGAGAAAUCCUGGCUUCAUGUGUUCGUACUGCUGCUGGCCAGAACAGCUGGAGAUGAGACACUGAAGAGUCCGGUGGAGGCGCUCUUCAUCCUGCAGCUCAUACCCAGCCAUCAUCAUCAUCAUCAUCAUCAUCAUCAUCAUCAUCAUCCUCGCCCAUCGAGGAUCGUUUCAAAACAGUUGGCUUGCAAUUUUUUUUAACUUUUAUUUUUUAACACUUGACAUUUUUAUUUUCCACUUUGUUUACUUGACUGUUUUAUACAGACAUGAAGAGUCUUUCAAUGCAGCUUUUUUUUUUUUGUAACCGCCGAAACAUCUCGUCCUUCAUCCAACAUCGCCCCGCAUCCGUCAGCAGUCAUCAUCGUGCCAAAAUGAAACACAAACUGUAGCGUUUUUUUUUUUGUUUUUUUUUUUAGGCCCAGUGAGCCAAAAAGCAUGACACCGUUCAAGGCCAUCUCUGAACAAACACCUGACCUAUUGGCGUCCGCUCAUUCGAAACAUCACUUGUUGCCAAAAUGUCAAAGAGUCGUGCAGGACUGAAAGGCAUCUUUCUGUGCCUCGAUCGUAAAAGCUCUGAGGCGGAAGCUGCUCCUCGCGCGCGAAAACAAGUGCCUCAAUUGUCUUUUUGGAGCAUGUUCACGCCCCCCACCAAACCACAGAAUUCAGCUCCGAGUCCCAGUGACUCUAAAUCAACUGCUCUAAAUGAAGGAUGUUCGUGCUGAGAGCGCACCCUGCUGGUCAGACGAGAGCUGCCAACAAGCCCCCGUGUCUCCACCCCGCACACGCCUGCGAUAGCCUCAGUGGAUGAUGUUUAGAUGCUGUGAAUCCUGUUUUUUAUGUACUUGUUUGAAUUCAUUGUAAUGUAAUAUAUUCUUUGUUGAAUGUAGUAAUUAGGUAUUUAUGAAUAUAUGGCUGUGAUUUCAGACAA